CUGCAGUUUUCCCUGUGAUGCACUAUGAGGGUGGCCCAGCGAUCCUACGAUGGGCUGUGGAGCAUUUUGUCCUAAAGUAUCUGAAUUACAGGAAGAAGGAAUAAAUGCCAUUAACUUACCUCUCAGUCCAAUUCCAUUCGAACUAGACCCUGAGGACACUAUGCUAGAGGAAAAUGAAGUCCGAACAAUGGUUGAUCCAAAUUCAAGAAAUGACCCAAAAUUACAAGAACUAAUGAAGGUAUUAAUUGACUGGAUUAAUGAUGUGUUGGUAGGAGAGAGGAUUAUUGUGAAAGACUUGGCUGAAGACCUGUAUGAUGGACAAGUAUUGCAGAAAUUAUUUGAGAAACUUGAAAGUGAGAAGCUGAAUGUUGCUGAAGUUACUCAGUCUGAAAUUGCUCAGAAGCAGAAGUUACAGACAGUGCUUGAAAAGAUCAAUGAAACCCUUAAGCUCCCUCCAAGAAGCAUUAAAUGGAACGUUGACUCUGUUCACGCUAAAAGUCUCGUAGCAAUACUGCAUCUUCUGGUUGCGUUAUCACAGUAUUUUCGAGCACCAAUCAGACUCCCAGAUCAUGUGUCCAUUCAGGUUGUUGUUGUGCAGAAACGAGAAGGAAUCCUCCAGUCUCGGCAAAUCCAAGAGGAAAUAACUGGUAACACUGAGGCAUUGUCGGGAAGGCACGAAAGGGAUGCAUUUGAUACUUUAUUUGACCACGCUCCAGACAAGCUCAAUGUAGUGAAAAAGACUCUCAUCACCUUUGUGAACAAGCAUCUCAAUAAACUGAAUUUGGAGGUCACUGAACUGGAAACCCAGUUUGCAGAUGGUGUGUACUUAGUCCUGCUAAUGGGUCUCCUAGAAGGCUAUUUUGUUCCUCUGCACAGCUUUUUCUUGACUCCUGAUAGUUUUGAACAAAAGGUCCUCAAUGUAUCCUUUGCGUUUGAGCUAAUGCAAGAUGGUGGAUUGGAAAAACCAAAGCCAAGACCAGAAGAUAUUGUAAAUUGUGACUUGAAGUCUACACUGAGAGUACUGUACAAUUUGUUUACCAAAUACAGGAAUGUGGAGUGAAGAGUUGAUUCGGGACAUAAAGGAGUGCUAACAAAGCAAGCAUCAUAACUAGCAUAUUUUUCAUCAAUAUUUCUCUGCAUCUUUAUCCUAAAAGGAACUAAACCAUUUAUCUGAAGAUCUUCUAAUUGAUUAUUCUUGCACUACUAUUUUCGUAGUAGAUUUAAAACUAAUAUAAAUUAUGAAGAAAAAGGUUUGGAAGAAGGUAUUUGAGUAUAUUCUGUGAAAAUUCAUGUCUCAAUAGUAACUGUCCUCACACUGCUUUGUAGUAAGUGAAACAAGAAUGAAAAAAACAUUUAGUAACUUUAAUUCAAAUCGGUCUUUGAAGCCAAUCAUAGGAAGAUUCAGCACUGAGUAUCUAUUUAAAUAUUUUUACAUGUAUAUUUUCUAAUCUGGGGAUUUUCUAUCCGUGAUAAGAUGGUUGCAUUCUAAUUAUGAGAAAUGUUCAUGGGGAGAAAUGGUUAAAUACCCUUGUUCACAGCUAAAAAGAAGAGACUUUCUCAAGCACUUAACCUGAUUAAUUUAUAUUUCCAGUGCUGUUUGGCUUAAAUUUUAUGGGUACAAACUGAAGUGGCUACUCAUUCCUUCAUACUUAACUAUAAUAUGAUACUCUGCUUUAAAUAUGUGUUAAUGAGCAUUCCACAUAAGCAGAUUUUGCAGCUUGUCACUUGAUUUUGUUCAAGGAAGGGAUCUUUUUUGCAAAGUACACAUUUCAGGAAAACACACCUGUAUAAUACUGUUUCCCUAUAAUAUUUGUAUUAUUACAUAGUAUUAGAAAGUAAAAGAAUGGCUUGUUUUUCUUUUAGUAGUUUUAGUAUGGGAUACCAGAUUUAUUGCUAAAUAGGAUUUAGAAUAUGUCCCUUUGUUUGAUUUUAUGAGGAAGGUAUUUUGCUGCAUAAUGUCUAACACCAAAAAAAAAAAAAAAAAAAA